AUUGAGAGUUUACUGCGCAUGUACAUUUAAAUAUUUGGCAAAAUUUGUUGUCUUUUCAGGACAUCAUAAUAUUUAUUUAAUUUAAAGUAUACACAGACUAUAUUAUAUUAAUCAUAAGUUAAAAGUUAAACGAUCUUAAACAGUGUGAAAAAUAAGUGAACGUGUAGAAAAACAUAGAGCAAGGAAAAAGAAGUUGAAAGAAAUAAGGAAUUUAAUAAGGCAAAACUUUAGACAAAAAUAACAACUACAGUUAAAAUUGAAAACGAGAGAUGCAACCAGAAAGAGAGAGAUUAAACUCGAUCGUUUUAAAUGGAAUUACAAGUCGGAGAUUGUGGGAAUUGUUAGGAACUGCUUGCGUCUUCCUAGUCGCACCUCUCAUCAUGAUCGCUAUAAUCAUUUUAUACAUAUACCGUCGUUUGGUCGAGUUCGCAUUAAGAAUCCAGUUGCGGGACAAGUUCGCCGGUCUCUUGGAGGGCAUGGAUUGCAUAUGGGCUAUUGAAGACGCCGUUUCUCCAUGCAUUAUCAAUACCUUGAUGAUACUGGAAAAAGCUCCGCAGGACUCAAACGCGAACUUCCUGGAGUCUUUAAGAAUUCUGAUGAAUGAACGGAUUGUUUCGAAGGCCGCUGGCACGACAUUUGAAAAAAUGUUUUACCUUCGAAGUCAGAAAUUCGGUUACUAUUUUUGGGAGAGAAGCGAGACGGUGAACCUGAAAGACAGGAUCAGAUGGCUGGAGUGUGUGAACGCCAACUGCGACGGAUCCUGCGAGAAUAUCUGCAGCGAGUCCUUCAGGAAGACCUUAGAAAGCGUGUGCACCAAACCGUUGCCCAAUGAUGGCCGGGCCGCGUGGGAGAUUCUCGUCGGGAGACGCUGCCCGAGAUCCAGAUCUCACGAAAAGGAUUAUUUAUGUCCCGAUGAGAGCUUCAACACCGACACCCGGAAAAUUCCCGUGCUAAUUCGCAUUCAUCAUUCUCUAGGCGAUGGGGUGGCCCUUCUGGGCCUAUGGUUCAAAGCGAUCGUCGAGGAGGACGAGACAAAAGAGACGAGAGUAAAGAUCAAGAAUAUCGCCUCGUCAAGCAAGACUCAAGAACGUUUAAAGCCGUUAAAACAACAAGUGAAAAUGUUGACCAAGCAUACGUGGUUGAGUCACAAAGUUAUCGUGACACAACUGUAUAGAAGAAUUAAAGAGGUCACGAGGAUAACGAUGGCUUUAUUUUCUUAUCCGAAAUACGUCGUUCAACUAGCUGUUCGUAGUACGGACAAAAAUAUUAAACUAAACUCCUGAAAAAAAGCAAGAAAAUAAA